CGUUAAGAAUACUGCCGGCCAGAAUUCCGCCGUGGCAGAGCCCUAACUUGUCCGCCACUAUCGUAUCCAUGUCACAUUGUGGAUCUUUAGUAUGUGACUUCCAUCUCCGGAGAUCAUUAACUGAGCCUCACAGUAAAUGAUCAUAGGUCAUACAGCCAAAGCUGGUGGCAUGUGCGUCUUUACCACUGUCACCGUUAGGACUCACUAGCAGAACGCUGAGCAACCCGAUCCUCGAGCGAGUAUAAAAGAGAGAGAGACAGAGAGAUAUCUCCGAAGCAAUAGAAUAUGGGUUCCAUCACAAAUCCCAUCACUGGGGCCGAAGUCUUCCAUGAAAUGCUGCAUCGGCUCGAGGUGAAAGCUGUCUUUGGGUACAAUGGCGCGGCGGUCGUCUCGAUCUUCGACGCGAUCUACCAGUCCCCGUACUUCACCUUUGUGCUGCCACGUCACGAACAAGGGGCCGGCCACAUGGCGCAGGGCUACGCCCGUGCCACUCAAAGUCCCGGCGUAGUCCUGGUCACCUCCGGUCCCGGCACCUCCAACAUGGUUACCCCGGUCCUCGACGCCGCCAUGGACAGUACUCCUCUGGUGGUCUUCUGCGGGCAGGUCCCGCAGCAGUAUCUCGGCACGCACGCAUUCCAGGAGAUCCCGACUGAACAAAUUAUGUGGCCGUGCGCAAAGGCCUGCUUCACCGUCACUUCCGUCGAGGCUCUGCCCCCCAUCAUGGUGGAGGCGUUUCGCACCGCAGGGAGGGGUCGACCGGGUCCGGUGGUGGUUGUCCUCCCGAGGGAUAUCUCAACUGCUGCCCUGGACAGAAGUGAGAUGCACAGGGCCAUGAUGAGUCUUCCUCUUCCCCUUCCCGCUGGGCUGAACGCCUGGGGAGGGACCGUGGGGACCUCGAGGAUAACGGAUGAGCAGGUAGCAACGAUUGCGGAGAUGAUCAACCAGUCCGAGCGACCGGUGAUCCUCGCCGGCCAAGGGGUGGUGAUAUCACCUCGUGGAGCGAGGAUGCUAAACGAACUGGCUCAGACGGCCACGAUUGCGGUAACAACCACACUUCCCGCGCUGGGGUGCUUCAAUGAAGAAGAUCCGAAAUCUCUGGGAAUGGUCGGCCAAUACGGCUCCGCAGCCGCGAAUCUAGCAGUUCGGAAAGCAGAUCUUCUGCUUGUCUUCGGCGCGCGACUCGACGAUCGCGUGGUCAGGGAUGCCAAAACGUUUGCCCUGAAGGCGAGGAAGUCGUUGCUGGCGGAAAGAAUAGGUGUGGUCCAGAUCAACAUUGACGAAGCGCAUCUGAACGACGUCAUCCCCGCCGGGGAAGCCGUGGCCUGCGACGUCGGUGAUGCGAUCUCUCGGGUGUUGCCACGGGUUCACCGUCGCGCAUCUAGACCAGGUUGGAUGGGGCAGCAAUCCACAUGGAAGGGACUCUACCCAUUCAAGUACGAAGAGGAGGAUGGAGGAGGACAGAUCAUGCCGCAAGCAGUCCUCGAAGAGCUGGACCGCCAUCUCAAAGGCCAAUCGAAGCCGGUGAUCAUCACAACCGGGGUCGGCCAGCACCAGAUGUGGGCGACGCAAUUCCUCCGGUGGACUAGGCAGCGGAAGAUUAUUACCUCGGGCUCUCUGGGCACAAUGGGGUUUGGUCUUCCGGCAGCUAUUGGCGCCAAGGUCGCUCGUCCGGAUGCCCUGGUCAUCGAUCUUGAUGGCGAUUCCUCUUUCUGUAUGACUAUGGAGGAACUGCUUUCCGCCUCGCAGGCGGGCGUCGACGUCAAAGUGAUCGUCUUCAAUAAUCAGGAGCAAGGCAUGGUCACAGAGUGGCAAACAACCAACUGUGACAAGCGAUAUUCUCAUUCCCAUCAGUCCAACCCUCGUUUUGGUGCUUUGGCGGAGGCAAUGGGCGUUCAAGCGAGAGUUUGUUCAUCAGUGAGUGACUUGCCGGGGAAACUCUCCUGGCUGUUACAAACAAGGUCUGCCGCUUUGUUGGAGGUUCGUGUCGCCAGCAAGCUGCGACAAGUGGUCUCGUUCUCCGAUCUCAAAUAGUCCUGACUCGAACAUUGUGACUUGGGCGAUGGGUUAUAGAUUAUUUGUGGAGAUGCCGAGCUGUAUAGAGAGCUGUUGCAGAGUUUAUUCUGCAGGUUCGAUAGCCC